UCCACCACCUCUUUAGUGCAGUUUAGUGUCUAGUGGAGUGGGUCGUAGGCAUAGAAGGGUUAUUGUUGUUACGUCGUUAAAAUAGUGAAAAUGUCUGGAAAAACUUUACCCGUGGAAAAAUUAGUGCGGGUUGGUUAUUAUGAACUCGAAAAAACAAUUGGCAAGGGUAAUUUUGCUGUCGUGAAACUUGCUACACAUGUUGUUACAAGAACCAAGGUGGCCAUUAAAAUAAUAGAUAAGACUGCAUUAGAUGAAGAAAAUUUAACCAAAAUAUUCCGGGAGACUGCAAUAAUGAAGAAACUUCGUCAUCCGCACAUAACAAGACUGUAUCAACUCAUGGAAACCAAUCAGACCAUCUACCUAGUAACAGAGUACGCUAGUAAGGGUGAAAUAUUUGAUCAUUUAGUAUCUAGGGGUCGCAUGGCCGAAUCAGAAGCUAAACGAAUAUUUAAUCAGAUAGUAUCGGCUGUGAAUUACUGUCAUUCGCAAGGAAUAGUUCAUAGAGAUCUUAAGGCUGAAAAUUUAUUAUUAGAUCACAAUAUGAACAUAAAGUUAGCAGAUUUUGGAUUUAGUAAUCAGUUUACGGAGGGAACUAAACUGUCAACAUGGUGCGGAUCGCCUCCGUAUGCUGCCCCCGAACUAUUCCAGGGUUUUAAGUACGAUGGUCCAAAGGCCGAUAUUUGGAGCCUGGGAGUUGUUUUAUAUGUGUUAGUUUGUGGUUCACUGCCCUUUGACGGUCCUACAUUACAGGCCCUUAGGAACGUUGUCAUAUCCGGUAAAUUCCGAAUUCCGUACUUCAUGUCACAAGACUGUGAGCAUUUAAUAAGGCACAUGCUGGUGGUCGAUCCAGAUAAAAGACUGACGAUGUCACAGAUUGUGAAACAUCGGUGGUUGGCUGAGGCUCCGCCUGUCGACACCGGGCCCGAGAAAGAAAACGAACUCAACAAAACUGUCUUAGAACACAUGCUACAACUGCCCGGAUUGAACCAGAACAUGAUUUUGCAGUCUUUGAAAUCUAAUUCGUUCGACCACAUUUACGCUAUUUACAACUUGCUGGUUGAUAAACUGCACCAACGCACUAUCAACUUCCAGCAUAAAAUUUCGCAAAAGAACAGCAACGUCGAACAAAAGGAGAGAUUUUUGGAAGAAAGAGCACGAGUUCAUGAAGAACAACAACAACAACAACAACACAAGAUAGCAGAAAGAAGCGAAUCAUUUAACGAGAAGUUGGUUGUUCACAAAUAUAGUAAAUCGAGCGAAAUUAGAGAGUUGGAAGUGGAUGGUAAAUUGGCCGAGCCGAAAAACGGCCGUCGAGAAAGUUUUAAUGAGAAUUGUUUGCGCGAAAUACGGGACGAAGUAAACGAAAAACGACGACCAAGUUCGGACAGCAUAAAUGAAGACGGAACGUACCCAUUUAUAUCUAUGCCUACCAUCCCAGCCGUUUAUCUGGCAGGCGAUUUGGAAAAUCAACCACUGGAAAAGUUCGGAGAUAUGGAAACGGACCUAUCCGACGAUUUAGGAAAUUUGCCCUCUUCAGCUUCUACGACGGGAUACAGUAGUUGCACUUCAACAGGUGAACAUUAUUUGGCAAUUCGAAGACACACGGUGGGACCUGGAGAUUCUGCACAUGAACAGGUGUUGGAGUCGCAUUACAUGUCGCAAGUCCAGCAGGAUCCCACUUUGCCAAACAUAAAUCUGCCUCUGGAUUUACCUUCGUUGGGUCAACAGAAUUACCAUUAUUUCGGUGGAAAAGAUCCGCACCUACUUAAGCCGCCGACCGUGUUGAACGUGGUGGGCGGAUUUGGGAGACGAGCGUCAGAUGGUGGUGCUAAUUUUCAUAUGGCAUGGGGCACACCAGGUUCUCACGAACAGUUGUCCGUCAUGUCGUCUAGUUCGAGUGGUAAUCCUAGUCUUAGCAGCGGCACCGGCACUCAAACACUCGACAGGAGUCAACCGACUUUGGACGAACUUUCUGACCCCUACGCAGUUGCUCGAUACAUGAAAUGCAGAGGUAAUUCGAAAAGGCAUACGAUGGCAAAUCCUGAAGACGUUCACACUCUACAGACUAGUACGUCUUCGACAGGUCGAACUAGAAGGACUGGUUUGCAUACAGUUAUGGAACGGCCUCCAGUGAUUUCGCCCGAAUUAAUAUUGGAGGUUGAGGCUCGCAUGGGACGCAACUAUUUGCCACCCAUGCCUAUCAUGCCCCAACGCAAGCACUCUCGACAUGCCGUCAAACCCCAUUUGCCCACAGUUCAGGAACUUCAAGGGCGAGAACAGAAAUCUUCAGAACGAUUCAGCCCAGUCAGGAGGGGUAGCGAGGGUUCUGCAGGCAGUGGUCGAACGUUAAGCCCAACAACCCCCCAGCAGGAAUGCCAGCGGUUACAGCGAGGUUUGGCAACGCGUAACAGUCCUCCGCGAUCGAUACCAGGUUCCCCCAUUCAUCAUUUCGUAACGGAUGCGUGUUAUCCCGAAUCGAACUCUCCCGUUCACCAGCCGUCAUCGAGCAAUAUGUCGUCAGAGAACUUCCCCUCGUCGAGUUUCGCUUACGACCCUAACCACAGUUAUGGAAACAGUCCCGUGCAUUCUGGUAGCACUUCACCUUACACCCACAACUCGAGCAGCGGCUUGAACUCCCCAAGUCAUCAGGCGAUGUACGGACAACUGCCCAAUUUGAGUCUGUACGCCGGUGGUAACGUUCCCAUCAACAAGCCUCUUCUUAAUCCCAGUAUGCCCCAAGUAUUCGGUACCUAUGGACCCAAUGCAGCCGUCGCUCUCCCGCAACCGACCAGUAUAUCGUCCAUUACGCAAGGUAUAAGCGUUUUAAAUACGACCGGCAUUGGUUCAAUAACGCAGGGAACACCAGCGACGAAUCUUCAACAGGAUAUUCGAGGUCAACAGCAGAUGUUAUCUUUGCAGUCGGACGAUAAAAUGGACACCGCUGCUUACGGCAAUCUGGUUCAUCCCUACAUGCACCAGUCGCCUGUGCCCCAUCAUAUGCAUCACAUUCUGAACAUACACAAUCAUCGUAGUUUAACGAAUUCGCCGAUUAGCAAUCCGGGCAGUCCGGGCUUGGACAUGAUUCAAGAGGAACAAUCACACGGUCACGGCAUCCAUAACAAAGAGCUCGUAUGCCAUCCUCAGAUAUCAGUAACCGACGUUUUAGGUAGCGAAGUUACACUGGUAGCCGGUUCGGAUACGUCUGAGGAUUCAAUGGAUAGUCUCGAAAACCAGAUCCCAAAAAUACCGUCGUUUAUAAUAUCUGAACCGUCAGAAAACCAGCCGUCGAUUACGAAAGGCAUCGGUCGAAAAACGAGUGCCGAUAACAAUGACGAAACAAAAUUUUUUAAUCGACCUCAGCAGUCAGACACCUGCGGAGGGGGUGGCAACUGCGGCGAAAACAAUCAAGCAACUGACGAGUUUUUUCUGAAACGAAAUAAUCCAUCAGAUAAGAGUCCGUGUUAUUCGGACGACUCGCUGUCCAAUGAUAGUCUCAGUAUAGGAAACCAAAGUCCCAGCUCAGGCUCAAAUACCCAGAGCAGUUAUUUCGAUCAAGAAUUACGCUCCCGGCCCAUUGACACUAACUACAUCCAAAAACAAAUCGACCAAGAACUGGCCAACUCCGGUGCGGAGAACUUUGAAAUUUUUAAAAACUUAAACCUCGCCAUCGUUCAGCAUCACCACCAUCAACAGGAUAACAUGGAUAUCGAUCGUUCUCGACACCAAGACAGCAACAACAGCAAAUUACUGGAAGCAUGUAAACAUUCCGGGUCUUUUGAAGUCGAAUUACCAAAAGAUUGCGCAAAUUUAGAAUCGACGGACAUUUUGGAAAUGGUGAAAAGAUCGAUUAAUGACCAGGUGCCGCCGAAGUGCUGCAUCUUAAGUUCUACUCCUGAACAUUUAGCGAACAAAUUGUCGUUGGAAUACGAGGGCGGUAUUCAAAUCGAACUUCGUAUCGUAGACAAACGGAAAGACGCGAAAGGACUGAAAGUGCGUCGGAUAUCCGGUGACCAGCUUGUCUGUAAUCAGCUCUGCCAACAGCUGAUCUCUUGCAUGUCGGUCUCUUAACGAACGGCGUGAAUCAUUGUUGUUAUAAAUUAUUAAUUCUGUGAACGUUUUAGUUCGCGUUUUUUGUUUUCAUUACAUAAUUGACUGAUUAUUUGAUUGAUUAGUUAUUAUUGAUAGAUUGACAGAGCAUCUUUGUCCAGUUUUGUUUGAGGUAAGCGACGAUUAUGUGACGAUUACCAGUUUCGUAUUCUUUGUUUUUCUGUUGGACGUUUGGAGGUGGCACAUUCGAUAUUUACCCAUUUUAUUAUAAUUUUGUAUGUAUUUCAGACUUUUAUGACUAAAAAAUAACGAAUGACGUUGCAACCAUCUCCUGUGCUUCCAGAAAAACAUUAAUAGUACUUUAUGAUUAUUUCAAAGGUAAGAAUCUUUUGACGCAGAAGAAAUCGAAAUGAUAAAUAAAAAGUGAAAUAAAAUAAACUUAUUCUAUCUAUCUAUCUAUCUGUAGGUACAUUUAUAAUACACUUUCUGCUUGACGCAGGUCGUCGAUUCCUUUCGGUGGAGUGAAAUAGUGGCUUUGAUUAUUAAAUAUUAUUCCACUAGAAAAUUUUGUAAAUAGNG